AUGUCAAGCUUCACUUUCGUCGUCGAGCCCAUCGAGGCCAGCAAAACCUACCAAGGCGACAAGCGUCGCCAUCGCGAGCCGAGCCGAUCGCCCUCGCUGGACGGUGCAUGGCGCACCAUGAUCCCGACCGACAAGGGCAUGAUCGAAUCGAUGUCGCCGGCGCCGAACGGGACCGUCGAGGUCUUCACGCGGCAGAACCUGUUCGCUAAGGCCGGCGUGGCCAAUCACGUGGAUCAGAACGCGGAGGGCCUGCGCGAUCGCUUCGUCUCGCACGAGGGCAAGGAGGAGAUCGUCAUCGAGCGGCCCAGCUUCGUGAAGGGCUCGCCGCACAACGAUUGGGAGGGCGUGUUCCCCGAGUUCGCGGAGAAGAUCGCGGCGAAGACAAAGGGCGGCGUGGCGGAGCUCGCGCAGUGCGACUUCAGCACGACGACGCCGGUCGAGCGGGUGGUCUCGCAGAUCACGCUCAUGGAUACGGUGCAGCACUACUUUCAGUACACCAUGUGCUGCGGCUGCGGCUUCCCCUCCAUCACGCUCACCGGCACACCGGCCGACUGGGAGCGUGUUCGCAGCAAAGCUGCUGCGCUGCGCUCGUACGACCUCGACUGGUGGCUCGACGCGUUGCUCCCGGCGCUGGACCACUUCGUGCAGGCCGCCCACGGCCGCCCCGACCUCGACUUUUGGCGCUCGCUCUGCCACAUCAACACGGGCACCUCCUUCCCCGUCUACGAGCCCGUCACGGGCUGGCUCCAGGUGUUCUUCCCGUAUCUUCUAGCGCCCGGAUUUGACGACGGCUUCGGGCGCGGCGGCGGGUUCGACGAGGCCAAGGGCGGCGUGGCCAAGAAGAAGCUGCGCCGCAACGGCGGGCUCGCCAACUACGCGGAGAGCUUCGCCUCCAAGGUCAACGCCGCCAACUUUGGCGCGCAGCGGCGAUCCGGAUCGAGCUCGCGCGAUAGCUGGAACCCGCCCGAGGGGACCGGCGACGGCGUCAAGCUCGAGCUGUUUCCACCAGGCCUCUCGAGCGCGCCGUUCACGUACAAGGACGCCAUGACGGGCCUGCAGCACAAGAUGGCCUUUUACGGCGGCAGCUCGUGCCUCGUGCAGCACACUGACGGCGACCUCGAGCCCAAGGUGGGCUGGGCCGUCCUCGACAGCGGUGUGCUUGUUGGAGGGCCGCAGCCCAAGCAGCCGCUGGCCGAGGCGCAGCCGCCGAAUGCCACGAAUGUUGCUGGGGGUGCCUGAGCUGGUCGAGCAGCUGCUGAUGAGCGCUGGCUGGCUCACGAGCGAGCCACGACCAAGUCGGCGAGCCGAUGAAUGACGGGCGAGGCGCUCGAGCGCACUUGCCUCGCCAAUCAUCACAUGUCUUCGGUCCCCGCGCAUGCAUGCACAUGUUGUACUUUGAAGCUGCCGAGCCCAAAUCACUGGUCGUGAUUUCUGGGUUCUCAAAAAUGCGGCCUAAGACUUCUUUUCUUGACCGCGUUGGAAAAUU